UUAAAGUACAAUCAAGUUCCUUUUCCAUAAACCAUGUUAAUUUAAGUGAUCUCUGAACCAUUGAAGAACAAUCUUUUGUAUAAAAUUACUCGUAAACGGUAAACUAAUUUCCACAACAUCGGGACGUACUAUUAUAGGAGCUUACAAGUUCACCUUAAUACAAUGUAAAUAGUUUAAUAAUUUUGUAGCUCAUCUAACUAAAGGAUUCUAUGGUUAAAACCUUUAUUAUUUCCAGAUUAUGUAUUUACUUUUCAAGAUUUGGUAUCAGACCUUCUUAAAGUCGCAGAUGUUUAGAGCCAUCGCACCCAUGACUCCUUGGAAAUACGAUUCUUAAUAUAAGAGAAAACAUAUAUUAUUAUAAUCUCUAAGCUAACAUAAAUUAUUGAUCGAAAAUACGAUUUUCUUCAAACACAAACAUUUUUAAUUGUUUUUUUGCAAAUGUUGAUCAACAAGAGGUCGCUUCAAGAUUUUCUCAUUAAAUUACAAUUCUAAGUUUUCACUUUAUGGCCAUAUAUAUAUGGAUUGAUGUACAUCAGUACAUGCAACAUUUACACGCAUUUUACUCUCUCUUUGACCCUAUACUAUUCUUCUGUAGCUUGCAAAAAUCUUAUUGCCAAACAAAUAUUUUAGUUAAAAUUUUAACAAAAAAUAUAUAUAUAUAUUUUAGUUAAAAUGGUGAUAAAAUCCCUGCAUCUACAAGUUCAAGAGAUGAGACAAUCUUUCUUUGAUGAGGGGUACCUCAAUAGUCAGUAUACUCAGCUUGAGGCCUUGGCGAAAGACACAAACCCUAACUUUAUUAUAGAAAUAAUAACUCUUUAUUUCAGAGAUUCCCCUAAUGUAAUUGCUUCUUUGGAACAUGAAUUGGAGCGAGAUCCAAUAGAGGUACCCAUGAUUACCAAAUGCAUUCUUCAGUUAGAAAGCAGCAGCGCCAGCAUCGGUGCUAGCAAAGUUUUUAAGGAACUUCAGAAGGCAAACACAUCACUCAAAGCUAGCAACACAGAAGGAAUAAAAGUAGCACUAGGUGAUAUUAAGAAAGAGCACAGUAAACUCCGCGCAAAGUUUGAGACUUAUUUCCAGUUGAUGAGACAAGCUGGCCCAACAGAUGUAGCUGUGAAUUCAAGCUGAAAAUAUGUAAGCCAGGGUAGUUUGGUUCGUACGACAAAUAUUCCAUCUGCCCAAACCCAAGUUCCUACCAUUGGUCGAUAUCAGUUGAUAAUUGUAAUAAUUUUCGAAUGUUUUAUUUGUUACCUUGUACUAUGAUCUCGAGUUUAUUUUUAUUAGAAUCUAUAAAUUUUGUCUAAAAAAUAUAUUGAUGCAAGUCAAACCGUUUUUUAUUGUCAAGCACACAUUAAUUAAAAGUUGACUCUA